GCAGAGCGCUGAGUCGCAAGGCGGGGAGUCGCCAACCAUCCCAGUGUUCAGGUAUCUCAUCGACACGCUGUAGUCUUGUCUGGUCCCUUCUCCGUUGUAGUACGACCAGCUCGUGAACGGCAUGAGGCCUCCCAGCAGGUGGGGGAGGGACGAAUUUGGCUUAAUCACUGUAAAUUUUGCAGGUUAUACUAAGCAAUACUGAUGUUGUGAAGACAAUAGUCCGGCAAUGUUCGAAGGAUUAGUUCGUCAGGUGCUUCUGGGUUACCUAGGCCGAUAUGUCAAAGAUAUCCAGAAAGAGCAGCUGAAGAUCACUCUUUGGAAUGAGGAAGUAUUACUGGAGAAUGUGGAGCUGAUACUUGAAGCGUUUGAUUAUCUCCAACUGCCAUUUGCUCUGAAGCAAGGUCGAGUUGGGAGGUUAAGCAUCAAAAUUCCAUGGAAAAAGCUUGGCUGGGAUCCCAUUAUAAUAGUAUUAGAGGAUGUCUUCAUUUCUGCAUCCCAACGAGGGGAUCAAGAGUGGAGCGAGUAUGCUGUUGAAAAGAGAGAGUUUGCAGCGAAAAAGGCCAAACUUGCAGCAGCUGAGUUGGGAAAACUGUCCAGGCGUGUGUGUGGUAGUCAUGCUGGUCAGUCCUUCAUUUCUUACAUCACUGCAAAGAUUCUUGACAGCAUCCAAGUGGCCAUAAGAAACUUCCAUGUUUUAUACAGUGAUACACAGAAUGAUCAAGGAAAUAUUUCGAUUGGUUUAAAGUUUUCCAGUUUGACCAUUACGAAGCAACAACUCCUCACUGGAUUGUCAAGUGGAAGGGGGAGAGUCGGCCAAGUGAAUAAAACUAUAGAGAUUAGAGGACUGGAGUUUUAUUCCAGUAUGUUUCAUGAGACAUUGGACUUGGUGGCUUUGGGCAAUGUGGGGAAUUCCACAUCACAAAGCAAUAUUAAAUCUGAAGGCCAAAGUUACAAGUCUAUAUUGGCACCGUGUGAUGUAACCUUCAUGUUUUCGGCUAACAGAUCUGAAAAGCUUGAUGACAGUGCUCCUCAGUAUUCUGUUACUGCUGAAUUGACUGGUUUGGAUGUCUCUUUAGAUGAGGCUCAGCUACACCAGAUGUUUAUUGUGUGGGAUUAUGUAUGCACUUGUCGAUUAAGAGAACGGUAUGGUCGUUAUCGGCCUUGGCAUAGCCCUUUAUUGAGGAGAAUUCAGGGCUGGCCAUUAUUAUGGUGGCGCUAUGCACAGGAAUCUGUCCUCUCAGAUGUUCGCAAGAAAUUAAAGAAAACCUCAUGGAGAUACCUUGGGGAGCGAUUAAGCUAUCGUCGGAGGUACAUUGACUUAUACAAGACCAAGCUGGAUUUUCUUAGACAAGAACAGCCAGUUGAUGAUGAGGUUCUUCAAGAACUGGAGCAAAUGGAGAAAGAAUCAGAUGUAGAUGACAUUUUGAAUUAUCGGGCUGGUGCAGAAUAUGAGAUGCAGGAAUUCUUUUUGAGGUGUUCUAAACCUGACAUCGGCGUGAAUGGUGUUGAUAUACCUGCAGAAAAGUCUUCCAAUGAUGAACGCAACUCUGGCAAAUCACGGGGAUGGCUGAAUUGGCUAUCUCGAGGUAUGCUUGGUGCUGGAGGAACUGAUGAUUCUAGUCAGUUUUCUGGGAUUGUUUCUGAUGAUGUUAUUAAGGAUAUAUAUGAGGCAACUGAAUUUCAUCCUUCGGUUUCAUCCAAUGGAGAUGUUAAUGCAAAAAGUGAAUUAUGCCUCUGCGAAAUGAAGUUUGUGAUUAAUCAAAUUUCAGUGACUCUAUGUAGCAAGUAUGAUGAAGGAACAACUGGUAUAGUUCUUGAAGGCGGUAUCAUUGAGUCUAAGCUCCACAAUGAGCAUGCGACCAUCAUUUUUAAACUGAAGUCAGCGGAGAUGGUUCUUCUGCACAAGAAGAAAGUUAUUCUAAGAACCAGACAGCCCAUUGUUGAAAACAGUAAACUGGAUAUUGUGGAUCAUUCAUGUAUCAUUCAAUUUAAUUGCACAUCUAACCAUGAUGUUGCACUAUCAGUAAAGGGAAAGCUCCAGCAGCUUGAAGUAACAUUUGAUGCACAAAUUUUAUCAACUCUCAUGGAGUUUUAUGAUGUCUGUACAACAUUCAAAUUUCAGAAUGAAAGGGUGCUCUUGUCACUGAAUGGAAUUGGAGAUCAGAACACUAGGCUGUUUUUAAAAGCAAAAUCUAUUUUGGCAAGCCAUAAGAAAGUUGUGUGGGAUAUUUCUGUGUCGGAUGUACUGAUUAAUUUUCCUUGGAGAAAUUCAGUGUCUGAUUAUUGCAACUUGGUAAUGGAAUCAAGAUCUAUAUGUUUUAUGUCCAUGAAUAAUCUCGAGUCUUUCUCUUCAAAAGUCGGGGAAGAUAACUGCUCAUUGAAGUGCUUGUUAAAUUCAGCAUCUACAUCCAGUAAAUGUCUAGGAAUCCAGGUUGAAGACCUCUAUGAGUACUUUGAGGUCAAACUAAAUGAUUUUGAGGUUACAAUGAUGAAUUCUGAUCAGUCACAAAAGUAUUCUAUGCUUGAGCAAUUUAAUGCUUCUGUAUUCCUCUCAUCUUGUGUGAUCGCUGAUGAAUCCAUUUUGAAACAGUUAGAGGUUUUUAUAAUCAUUGAAUUACUUAAAGCACACCUCUCUCCGUCAAUGUAUGGUGCAGUCAGAGAAUUGGUUACUCAUUUGGGCUUAUUGCAUUCGAAGAACGAACAUGAAAUCUUGGAAGCCACUGGCCUGCCUAAUGUGGUUUCUUGCGAACCUUCUAUGUUUGGUGCCUCUAUUAAUUCAAAUAUACGCACUGUUGUUCUGAGAGUUAACUUGGAAAAUGAUGGGGAUAAUAGCUCCGCACUCAUGUUUUCCCUUGAAGAGAUGAAAAUCUGGUAUGCUUCUAUGGAGUUUGAGGAAUUUUUUGUCCGUAUGCAGUCUUUAAGAAUCUCUAAUUAUAAACUGCAAGAUGAAAAGAAUAGCUGUAUAUUAUUUUCAACUGGGAAAUUUUCUUCUCCUGGCCCUGCAAUUGAAGUUUCUGUUUCUGAAACAUGCAAUGAAUCUGAUCGAUGUCCUGGUGUACCUAUGUUGGCUAAUGCAUGUUUUUGCAUUCAUUAUGAAUCUCCUAGGACUAAUACAGUUGGUCAAAAGUGUACUAUGUAUGUAAAUAAUGCUGAUAUCCACUGCUAUCCACAUGUAGUUGGAUUGCUUGUCAGAUUUUUUGAUAGAUUGACUGCAUAUGGCACCACUUCUGAGAAUUUGUCUGCUGGAAAUGACAUUGACAUUUCAAAAGCAAUAGCAAGCCUUGGGUUAGAAAAGUUUGGCUUCUCAAACUAUGUUGAACCUGGAUCCUCUGAAUCAGCAUGCAUUCCGGUGGAUCACUUUCCAUUUGUUACUAUCUGCAAUUCUGGUUCUCUAGGUAAUUUAGAGAAUGUGCUGUUAUAUGCCAUUUCUGACUGGAGAAAAUAUUUUAUACUGAGGGACCAAAAAAUCAGAAGUCCCAGCAUCAACAUGAGAAGGUCUAAAUUUUGCGACAUACCUUUUUCUCUUGAGUUGAAUAUAUGUGGGUUGACAGCGCAUUUUCAUGAUUCAGCAUGCAUAGUUGGAACAAUUAUGUUGCCUACAUGCAAGUCUUCUCUAUUCUUUUGUGGAGACAGUAUGGAUAUAUUGUGUUCCUCCGAAGGAUUGGUUCUUACCUCCCCUUGGUGGACAAAAAAUUUUCAUGAUUACCUAUGGGGCCCGUCUUCAGCAAAUCUGACUCCUAUUUUAAAUGUCCGUGUCAGAAAUGGUCAAAAUAUUCCUUCGACGACUAAGCUUGAAGUAAGUGUCAGUACUCAGCAUGUCUCUUGCAUGCUACCUCCUGAAUAUUUAUCCAUCAUGAUUGGGUACUUCUCAUUGUCUGAUUGGGGUGGCCGUUCAACUGAUCAGCUCCUCAUCAAAGAGCAGAGUUACAUAAAUGUCGAAAAUGACAAAAGCAUUACAUACAAGUUUGAAAUCUUGGAUUCUACCCUCAUUUUGCCUGUGGAGAAUAAGGAGCAUCAAUUUCUUAAGGUCGAGAUACCACAGCUUUACUGUAGUUUUAUUGAUAAUUCUUGUUCAGAUAAUGAAAUAAGGGACAUUCCUCUUGACUAUAUGGUCUCAAUUGAUAAGCUUGCCCGGAGAAAUCACUGUUUGAAUAUGUUUGGUAGGGACUUGUUCCUAUCAUUUAUGCGAUUUAGGGUUGACAAGUUAGGUUCAUCAAUAAUCAAACAAAAUACUGAAUGUGUGGAUGUUGCUUUAAUUGCACCCAUAAGUGCUGAUGUUUGGGUCAGAAUUUCAAUUGGAAAUGAAUCCAAUUGGCAAAACUCUUAUCCGGUGACGUGCCUCAUGACAGUCAUAAGGAGCUGUCAAAUUAUUGCUGAAGAUAGCCACAUCUUUGAGGGAUUGACAGCCUUGGUAGAUGUCAUUGAUGAGAUGUCCUCAGUUGUUGACCAGUCCAGUUAUUUCAAAUCAGAUGUUUUGCAGUUUAUCCAUUCAAAGAGAAGUUUAAAGGAGAUCAGAGCAGUUUCUCCGACGGUUUCAUCCAUUAUAUAUACAGAAAUGAACUGUUGCGUUCAGUCUUUGUUGAUAAACUUCUAUCGUACAAAAGAAGAUUCUGCAGAGUUGAUAUCCAAAACUGAUAUGCGAUUUAACUGCUCUGCAUCACUAAUAAAUGAUUCUUUGGUGAGGCUAGACUUGGGUUUCUCUUCUUUAGCGUUACAUUCUCUUCAAGAUUCACAGGUGUUAGCAAAAUGCACAUCCACAUGCUCAUCCACGUUAGUGCUUCACAUCAGUUUCUUCAAAUCAAUUGAGGGUGACAAUGAACUCUCUUUUUGCCUUCCAUCACUUAAUAUCUGGCUACAUUUUUCUGAGUGGAUGGAGGUUGUUAACUUUCUUAAUCAGUUUUGUCAACAUUUUGUAAAGACUGUGCCCUUGGAUGCAUCAUUGAAUUGUUUUCUUCACAAUGCUGAUGCUCCUGUAAAGGAGACUGCGGUUAGAGAUCCUUCGGGUUUCCAUCGUUCUGAAAGCACCUUGGCACAUUUUGCAUCAGAAGAGAAGAAGGAUAUUGUUUUGCUGACUCUGAAGUCAGAUGAGGUCGAUGUGACAUUUCACAUUCCUAUAUCAGUUACUGAAGAAUCUUCUCUUGAUCUUCAGUUUGGUGAAGAUCUCAGGCUGACAUCCUCAAGCAUAUCUUUUGAAACUGAUGAAGAAACAAACUUGAAACAUCUUUCUGUUUCUUUCCACAUGAGUCGGUUUGAAUUACUAGUAAAUAGCACAGGCAUCCAAUUAAACUCCAAUGUGGAUAAAUUCAGUGGCACAAUAAAGAUAAUUGAGGACAGAAUGUGUAUAUCUUGGCCCCUUUUUGAGAUUGUUCAGGUUUACCUGGAGGCUGUAUACCAUGCCAAUCAGAAAGACACCAGGCCAUUGAAACUGACGAUUCUGUGUGAUCUCUCAAAUGUGUGGCUUUCACAUCCUGUUUUCUUUUUCUGGGGUGCUGUAAAAUUCAAUAUUCCUGAGGAACGGCCUUCUCAACUUUCAUUGUUUGACAUUGAUUUUAAAUUCCAGUUGAGGAAGGUCUCUUUUCUAUUAACUGAUGGAAGGUGGAGCUGUAAUGGGCCCCAGUUGGACAUUCUGGUGAGGAAUAUCCUCUUGCUUGUCAACAUGACUGAAAAAGACAUGGAAUGCUCGGUCACUUGUGAUUUUCAAGUAAACUACAAUAACAUUGAAAAGGUAUGUUGGGAGCCUUUUAUUGAGCCGUGGCAAUUUCAGUUGACUUUAUUUAGAAAACAAGAAAUGAAUGUUCUGCUGAAUAGCUCCGUAACAACUGAUAUCAUUCUUGACUCAGCAGCUGAGCUUAACAUUAAUAUUUCAGAAUCCUUAAUUGAGUGUAUUUCUAGAAUCAUUGAGAUGGUUAUGGAUGCCUGGCAUCUGAUGGGGUCCAAAGAUCCUUCUGAAGGAAACAAAAUGGUGCCUCUACCUUCGGCUGAAUAUAUGCAUGCUAGAAAGUGUGCUGCUCCUUAUGUUCUUCAAAACUUGACUUCUGUGCCCCUUUUCUGUUAUGUAUAUAGCAGCCCUGUCAACCCUGAUCAGCCUGAUGACUUGGACGAGAAAAACAGAAUAUGCGUAGAACCAGGUUCUGCUGUUCCAAUAUACAUGAAUGACAAUACAGAAGAACAACUUGCUCGUUACAAGCCUUCUUGUUCUUCUGAUUGUCUAAACGAGCAAAGGUCAAGCGGAUUUUCUCAUCAUUAUAUCACUAUACAGCUUGAUGGAACAUCUGUGCCAUCUGCCCCAAUGUCAAUGGAUUUAGUAGGACUUACAUGCUUCGAGGUUAAUUUCUCCAAGGCUUGCAAUGAAAAUGAAAAGGACAGUCAAACUGAUACAGCCUCUUGUUUUGUUGUUCCGGUUGUCUUCGAUGUUUCAGUGCUGCACCAUAGCAAGUUAAUACGGAUAUACUCUACUGUUAUACUUUCAAAUGCAACUUCUACACCUUUGGAACUACGAUUUGAUAUUCCUCUUGGGUUGUCACCAAAGAUAUUAGAUCCUGUAUAUCCUGGACAACAGUUACCUUUGCCAUUACAUCUGGCUGAAGCUGGCUCUCUAAGGUGGCGACCAGUUGGAAACUCUUUCCUGUGGAGUGAAGCUCACAACCUCUCAAAGCUUCUCUCAUUGGACACAAUAGGAAACUUCAAGUCCUUUGUUUGCUAUCCAACUAAUCCUAGCAGUUCUGCAUUUCGAUGUUGCCUAUCAGUCUCAAACAUCAGCUUGAUGUCACCUGGCUGGAUGAAAAGGAAUAUGCCUGUGGAUGAGGCAAACAAUCGGUUAAUUCAUCACAUAGUCCUCAGUGUUCCGUUAACAGUGAACAACUACAUUCCUAAGGAUAUUGUUUUGACCACUGAUAGUGGCGGGGUAAAUCAUACAAUGGCAGUUUCAGAGGGGGAAGCUACUGUUUAUCACAUUGAUCCUUCACAUGAUCUUGGACUGGAGAUCUGCAUUGAUGGAUUCAACCCUUCAUAUUUUAAAUUUCCUCGAUUGGAAACUUUCUCCACAACUGCUAAAUUUAGUGAAAACAAAUAUUUAUUAUCUGAAACACUGACCUUUGGGUCAAGCAGUCUACGUGGCCCUAUGUAUGUGACUGUGGAGAAGGUGAUGGAUGCAUAUUCAGGUAGUAGGGAAGUCAUCAUAUCUGUUCCCUUCCUUUUGUAUAACUGCACAGGUUUCCCCCUCUGUAUCACAGAAGCCUCUCCUGAAAUUAAGGAACAGCGUACCUUUAUCCCUUCCUAUUAUGAUCUUGAUGAAAACGAAACCCUUGUAGGGAAAAAGGAUGGCUUUUCUCUCUUGUGCUUCGGCCAUGAUUCAGAUGCUGAUAUGCCUCCUCACCCAAAGAGUUCGCUGGGUAAUCGUAUUAUCUCAAUUCGAGAGAAAGUUAGCCCCUCGAGGAGUUUCCCAAGCAGCCCCUUUUUCCCUGAAAGUUGCCAGGAGAAUAUAGAGAGGAAAACAAUUAUAAAUAAUUCAAAACUCCAAAAUUCUUGUUUAAGCGGCUAUAAGAGUGGACUAAGCUCAAGGGUUCAGUCAACUUCAAAAACUUUAGGUUCUGGUCAUCGUGGCCAUGGAAAGGUUGGGCCAUGCAUUUAUUCGCCAAACCCUGUUUCCUCUAUAAAUAAUGUUCUGGUUAAAGUUAGUAGAUGUUGGCCUGAAUAUGUUAUGGAAAAGUCACCAUAUUCAUUAUGGUCAAGCACUUUUUCACUUUCACCGCCUAGUGGUUCAAGUAACAUCCUUGUUCCUCAGUCAUCGGCAAACUCUGCAUUCAUUCUGGCAAUGACAUCUACCUCGGUUGUUGAAUCAUAUACUGGAAGGAUAAAUGCAAUUACUUUCCAGCCCAGAUAUGUUAUCAGCAAUGCAUGCAGCAAGGACGUACGUUAUAAGCAAAAGGGUACUGACGUCAUAUUUCAUUUGGGCAUAGGAGAACAUGCUCAUCUUCACUGGACAGAUACAACCAGGGACCUGGUUGUUUCAAUAUCUUAUGAUGAACCUGGAUGGCAGUGGUCUGGAAGUUUCUUACCAGAUCACCUAGGUGAUACUCAAUUAAAAAUGAGGAACUUCGUUUCUGGAACCAUACAUAUGAUACGAGUUGAAGUGCAAAAUGCCGAUAUAUCCAUGGGUGAUGAAAAAAUUGUUGGAAGCAUCAAAGGAAACUCAGGGACUAUAUUGAUCCUCUUGUCAAAUGAUGACACUGGCUAUAUGCCAUACAGAAUUGAUAAUUUCUCAAAGGAGAGAUUGAGAAUAUAUCAGCAGAGAUGUGAAAUGUUUGAGACUGUUGUUCACUCCUAUACGUCAUGCCUUUAUGCCUGGGAUGAACCGUGCUAUCCUCAUCGUCUUAGUGUGGAGGUACCCGGAGAGCGAGUUUUAGGAUCAUAUGCCCUUGACGACGUGAAAGAAUAUAUUCCUGUCUACUUACCGCCCACCUCAGAGAAGCCAGAGAGGACAUUCUUUUUAUCAGUCCAUGCAGAGGGUGCAACAAAGGUCCUCAGUGUUCUUGAUUCAAACUGCCAUGUUCCUAGUAAUGUAAAGAUGCCAGGUCUCUCACAUUCUGCAGGGAAAAAGCUACACGAUCAUAAUCUUGCCGAACUGCCAGAGUACAAGGAGAAAAUAUCAAUUGUUAUUCCAUAUCUUGGUAUCUCUUUGAUUAAUUCUUAUUCACAGGAAUUGCUUUUUGUCUGUAUGAAGGACUUAAGAACCUAUCUGCUUCAAAGCUUGGAUCGGCAGAGUCUUUCUUUUGAGAUCUCAUUUUUACAAGUUGAUAACCAAUUGCGGUCUACUCCAUAUCCAGUUAUGUUGUCCUUUGAUAGAGAAUACAAAUCCUAUGAGGCUGACAAUAUGAAAUCUAAGGACGAUGUUGCAAGACGAGCGGAGAAAAUAAAUCAAAUGAAUUGCUUUAACAGCUUCCAUGAUCCUGUGUUCUUCCUAGCGAUAUCAAAAUGGAGAAAGAAAGACAUUUCAUUUGUUUCAUUUGAAUACAUAAAAUUGAGCAUUGCGGACUUUUGUCUGGAACUUGAGCAAGAGGUCAUAUUAAGCUUAUUUGAGUUCUUUACACAAGCUGCUUCUACGCUUCAGUAUCUAAUCAUGUCAUCUUCCCAUCACUCCGAUGGGGAUUCAGUAAAGGAUUCCUCAUUAUCUGUUCAGUCUAUUGAGAAUUUUAUUUCAAGGGAUAAUCAGUAUCCUGCACUGAUCACUCCUGUCUAUAAUGGAAGCUCCAAACGCAAUGUGUCAUUGCCUUCCAUAGUUCCAAUUGGCGCCCCAUGGCAGCAUAUUUAUCUUUUAUCCAAAACACAGAAGAAAAUUUACAUUGAAGUGCUUGAAUUGGCACCAAUCAAAUUGACAUUAAGUUUUUCUAGUGCCCCAUGGAUGCUUCAAAAUCGAAUCCUCACGUCCAAAGAAUCUAUUAUCCAUAGGGGUUUGAUGGCCCUUGCUGAUGUUGAAGGAGCACGAAUCUAUAUGAAGGAGUUAACAAUAGCUCAUCAUAUGGCUAGUCUGGAGUCUAUUCGGGAGGUUCUUAUCAAACAUUACACUCGACAACUGCUUCAUGAGAUCUACAAGUUGUUUGGUUCGGCCGGUGUUAUUGGUAAUCCCAUGGGCUUUGCAAGGAGCAUGAGCCUCGGUAUUAGAGAUUUCUUGUCUGUGCCUGCCAAAAGCAUUACGAAGAGCCCUGUUGGACUUAUUACUGGCAUGGCCCAAGGCACCACUAGUCUUUUAAGCAACACAGUCUAUGCCAUUAGUGAUGCAACUUCUCAGUUCAGUAAAGCUGCUCGCAAGGGUAUUGUUGCAUUUACAUAUGAUGAUCAAGCAGUUUCAAGAACGGAAAAGCAACCGUUAAAUGUCACUUCAGGCAGUAAAGGAGUAAUUAAUGAACUACUAGAGGGACUCACUGGUCUUCUCCAGUCACCUAUACAAGGAGCUGAGAGACAUGGUCUUCCUGGUGUCCUCUCUGGGAUAGCUCUAGGGGUAACGGGACUUGUUGCCAAACCAGCAGCUAGUAUUCUUGAAGUUACUGGAAAAACUGCACUCAGUAUUAGAAACCGCAGUAAACCCAAUCAAAUAAGAUCACAGCGUUUUAGGGUUCGUAUUCCAAGGCCAUUAAGUGUUGAGCUCCCAUUAAGACCAUACUCUUGGGAAGAAGCAGUUGGAACAUCUGUCCUCGUGGAGGCCGAUGAUGGCUUGAAGUACAAAGAUGAGGUAUUAGUAGUUUGUAAAGCACUCAGAGAAGAUGGCAAGUUUGUUGUUUUAACAGAGAGAUUCCUAUUGAUUGUUUUCUGUCCCAAUUUGGUAAAAUUGGGUAAACCUGAAUUCUGUGGCAUUCCGGCUGACUUGGAGUGGAUAAUCAACUCGGAGAUUGGAUUGGAGAGUGUAAUCCACGCUGACACUGGUCAAGGCAUGGUACACAUUGUUGGAAGUAGGCCGGAUGCCUUAUUGAGGCAACACCAACAUGUUCCCAAGAGAGGUAGCGGUGGUGGUAGAAGAGCGGCUCGAUUCAACCACUUUUCUAGCAAUCUUCCACUUUCUCAGACAAACUUGGAACUGGCAUCUGAGAAUGAUGCAGAGAUCUUUCUGCAAAUUUUGUUGUCAACAAUAGAAAAGGGGAAAGAGAAGGGUUGGGGUUGUGGUCAUUUCCUGCACAGGUCUAAUAUCAAGUAAGUUUGAUGUGUAUUUACCUUUCAACUUGCUAUAAGGGCGGCUCCAAUUUUCCUUCUCAGUCAAAAGGGGCCUUGCGGAUGGGAACAAGAAAAGUCUAUCAAAGCGUUUGCUUUAGAAAAGGAGUAAGAAAAAUGAACAGCAUAUCAGUCUCUUCAUUCCCAUUCGAAAGGAAUUUUUUUCCCCCCAACCCACAUUACCCCCUACUUUCUUUGAAACUUCUCCCGAUGAAGCAAACGUGAAGGAGGCGUUGGAUUUCUUGUUAUCUGAAGCGGCAAUUCAACAAUAUUGAAGGCAAGAACGAAUUUUCGUUUCUUUCCGCCCCUUUGUAAUUAUGUUGUAUUAGUAUGUCAUAGGUUCGCCACUUACCGUUUGUUAGGGAAGGUAAAUGCUACCAAUACUUACCUGUACAGUUUACGAUAGUGUGCUGUUUUCACUUUCUAUGCACAGUAAAUUUUGGUAUAGUCACAUAAUGUUUGAUUUCGAAAUUCCGGCGGCAAUGAUUUUGAAAUU